GUCGAAUGUGGACUUUUGUGUCAUCAGCGACUCCAGGGGCACUGCUAGAUUAAUGAGGCAGCCGCCCAGUGAGUGUGACAUGGCUCUCAGCGGGACCUUGCUGCCUUCCAUCGCCACCUUCACAGCGGGGACCCCAGGCAAGGACAAGGUUUUGAGACAGGCAAGUGUUGGCAACAGGUGGAGAGAAGAGCUGUCCCUCAUGAAAAGACAUACUGCACAUAACCAGGCACGCCCCUAUGAUGGCUUAGAGCUGGAGACUGCAGCAUUGGGAUCUCGUAGGGAACCAGAAGAAUUCAAUGAGCUGCUGGACUUUGAUUUUAUACUCUCUAACUCCCUUCUUCAUCAGGAGUCUAUGGUGGGUAAUUCUUCCUCAUCUUCUUCUGCAACCGCUUCCUCACCACCACCAGCUGCAUCUCUCCAAGACACCAUGUCUGCCCUCUCGUCAGCUGCCAAUUGUAACUUUACCUACCAGCUACGCUGCCCCCAGGACACAGUUGGAGGCGGUUCACUCAUGUACACUUCUAGGGACACAGCUGUGCCAAUGCUCACUUUUAACCUGGCGGAUUUAAAUGAUGUUUCUCCUUCUGGUGGAUUUGUGGCUGAGCUCAUGAGGCCAGAUUUGGAUCCCGUUUAUAUGCAACAGCCACAAACUAGUCUUCAAGGUAAAUUUGUGUUAAAAACUGCUGUGGACAUGGGUGAUUACGGUCAGUCUCUCAGUGUUAGAAAAAGCGGAUCUGGUAUGGACGGUCCUAUGGUUUACACUAGCCAUCAGCUGCCCCUCAUGUGUCAAAAGAUCAAGCAGGAGCCAUCUGCGUCUUGUUCUGUGUCAUGCCAAAUGGAUGGACAAGUACAACAGUCACAAGGGCAGCAUGACUUCCAAGUAGGGAGGGUACUGCCAAGCAGGACUAACCAACCAUUGACCCCAGAGGAGCUAAUGGUUAGAGAUUGCCAUGCUUCUCCACAGACAUUAAGCCAUCCAUCACUGCCAAUACCUCCAGGCUACCACACUUCUGCCAGCUUCCCUCACUUCACACCAGACCAACAGCAGCCACAGCUGCCUCCAACUCCGCUUCAGUAUCAAGGUCAGUCUUAUCUAAAUAUUUAUGAAGAUCCUUCUCUAAACUUUCAACUAUUGAAACAAGAAGUGAUGCUGACUCCACCCUCUUCACCUUUAGAGCUCCUAACAUCAGGCUGCAUGUCAGAAGAAGCUAAGCCAAAGAGAGGUCGUAAAUCCUGGCCCAGGAAAAGGACAGCUACUCACACCUGUGAGUAUGCAGGCUGUGGAAAGACCUAUACCAAGAGCUCACAUUUAAAAGCCCACCUUCGAACACACACAGGUGAAAAGCCAUACCAUUGCGACUGGGAAGGGUGCGGGUGGAAAUUUGCUCGCUCUGAUGAAUUGACGCGCCACUACAGAAAACAUACUGGCCAUAGGCCAUUUCAGUGCCAAAGGUGUGAUCGGGCCUUUUCUAGGUCAGACCACCUUGCCUUGCAUAUGAAAAGGCACUUCUAAGUGGUAAAAGUGAUUGCAGGCCUAAAGAAGUCUCAGUAUUUACAGCACACAUUACAAGGGGAUGGGAGAGAAACUGAACGCAAGCACUACAAAUUGUGUGAGAAAUCAAAACUUGGAAACCUCAGUGUAACUAUUCUCCACAGCAUAAUGGAGAACAUGCUAAUUUAAUGGACUACAAAAAUGGGGUUUUGACUGGAUCUUCAGGCAUUCCAUUUUUGGAUCAAACUGGACUUAAACCUGGAACUAUAUUGUAAGGACUGGAAAACUGUUGAUUGCACUAUUCAGAAGUGUUCAGUCUUGUUCCACCUGCUGCUGUUGUUGAUCAUAAUCCUCCCCCUGAUAGGCUAAGGGCUUAAGGUGUGUUUCAGGGAGCAAAUGGCCA